AUGCAAUCUAAUCAAAAUUCACUAAAUAAACAACAUCCAUCAUUUGUAAAAUCACCAGAAGAAUUUCAAACACUUUUAGCUCAAUGUCCAUUUAUGUCAAUUAUUCAAUCGAAAACCAAUAAAAAUACUAUACGCAAAAAGACUGAUGCAAAAUCUAAAAAUGUACCGAAAAAAUCAAACGAUACAAUCAUUUCAAACAAUCAAUGUUCAAUGAAAUCAAGCGAGAAUGCUGACAAAACAAAUCAAUCUCAAGAAAACUCUUGUACACAAAAAGAAACUAGUGUAAAAAUCUCCGAAAUCAACCGUACCGAAGAUUUCAUAAAACAAACCAAUGAAAAUCCUAUACAAAAUCCAUCUGAUCAAUUUAUACAAAAUACAAACUACUUAAAUUCAUUAAGUAAUAUAAAAAAAUCCGCUUUAUUUAAACAAUUCAAUCAAUUAUCAAUUGAUGAACAAAAUGAAGAGAAUGAAUUACGUCAAAAACAAUUAAUUAAAUUAUCUGAAUUGAUUCAAUCAAAUCCACAAAAAUAUGGACAAUUAUCUUAUGAAAAUAUACAUGAACAAUUAAAACAUUUUUAUUUAUAA